UCUAGCACUUAUUUAGCUAAGCACUUCAUGAUUCUCAUUUCUGCAAUGCCUAAAAUCAAAGCACCUGAGUUAAAGAAAUUAGUUAGAGAACAACUUGGAGUAAAUGUCACUUUCAGUCAGUGUAGGAGAACAAAGCUGAAAGUAUUGAAGGAAUUGCAAGGCAAUUACAAGAAGGAAUAUGCACAGAUGCACGACUACUUGGGAGAGCUUUACACUGCAAGCCCAUCAAGCAAUUUUAAAUUGAAAGUUGAAAGGCCAUGGCCAAAUUCUCUACCAGUAUUUGAUAGGGUUUACAUUUGCUUUGAUGCUUGCAAGAAAGGUUUUUUGGCUGGAUGUAGAAAGAUCAUUGGAUUAGAUGGAUGUUUUUUGAGGGGUUUGAUCAAGGGUGAGUUGUUAUGUGCCGUUGGAAGGGAUGUCAACAAUCAAAUGUAUCCAGUGGCAUGGGCAGUGGUAAGAAUCAAGAAUAAGGACACAUGGACUUGGUUUAUCGAAUUGUUGAAGUCAGACCUCGAUAUGUGUAAUGGUGACGGAUGGGCGUUGAUAAGUGAUCAACAAAAGAGCAUAGGAUGUGUGCAAGGCACAUUUAUUCCAACUGGGGUCAAAAAUACAAAGGAAAACAGUUGUUGAGGCAAUUUUGGAGAU